UUGAGUUUCACUAAAAUCCUUCAUUUAUUGUGCUUUAUGAGUUCUGACUGUUGUGCUUGUGCGUGUGCGUGCACUGGGUGGCGCAGUGACGUAUCCUGCGCAUGCCUACUCUGGUCAGAGCCCUCAUGCACGAUCAGAGGUAAGCUGCAGCUUCAGCCGCUCCUGCGCAGUUUUAUUUUUUUUAAGUUAUUAAUUGCGUUUUAAGUGCUACGUUGGGCAUUUUGGGGGGGUUCUGUUUUAUGUUGGACCCAUCACGGUUCAGUUUUUUUAAGGUUCGGUCUGUGAAGUGCAUUUUCGGAUCACGUUGCGGGUUGGAGGCUAGCGCUAGUUAGCAUUAGCUUCCUUUAACGUGCUUGCUUUUUUCCCCAUCUAUUAGAAAGAGAAGAGACGUGCUGAAAAGCUCAUGUGCAGCAGCUCACGUGUACUCUGUCCAUAUUCACAGAUAAAGAAGUUUUGAUCAAGAAACCUGUUUCCUGGAGUCUGUAUUUGCAAUCCACAACGCAGAACGACAGACACCAGUUACAUUGGUGCCGUGACCCUUCAGGAUUCUACAAGGAUCGACACCAGCUCGAUCGCCGGAGGAGUUCCUGCAUCCCUUUCAAGUUUGUUUUCUGCCUUUUGGGGAACCUUAUGUACAUAUCUACACAGUUGCAUUUAAGAUUAAUUUGCUCAGCUGAAGUUAGGGAGCUGCUGUGGGUAUUGAUUCAGUUGUGAUUUUUUUGUACAGUAUACAGGAGUUUUGUGUUAUUUCUGAUUUUGGAGUGUUACGGAUUUUUGUGCUAUUUCUGUGCUAUUUCAAUAUGCAUCCAGCGAGUGGUUCAGGUGGGUCUAUUCCUCCUGAUGCGGAGGAAUAUUGCAAUGUGGGAAGAGGGAGAGGAUGGUUUUUCAGGGAUGAUGUUCAGACACCUAAGGUGGGUGGGUUGAGAUCACCUGAUUUCUGUUCCACACGUCUGCAGGUUCCCCCCUGUGAGUUGAAUGCCCAUCAGCCAUCACCGCAGGAUGAGUUAAGCACUCUAAUUUCUGAAUUAGCCAAUCAGAUUGGUCAAUCUAUUGUUAACCAAUUGAAGGGUGACAUGAAUGUUUGUGAGUCCGCUCCAGCUGCGACUUUUAUUGAGGAACAGAAAUCAGAACAGAAACCAGAGCUGAAUUUAUCUGGGUUUAAACUUGUCAUGCAUUCUGAUGUUAAGGAGCCACCAGUUUUCAAAGGUGACAGCAGCGAUACAUGUUCUGUUCGUGAGUGGGUUGAAAUGGUGGAGCUCUAUCUAUUGAAAAGAGACAUCCCUACAAAUCAGCAGUCACAGGAGAUUUUGGCUAGGCUACGGGGAAAAGCAAAAGAUGUAGUCAAGGUUACAUUACGCCACAACCACUCUAUUGACCACAUCCAGACCCCUGAGCUGAUUUUUGACAUUCUGAAACAACAUUUCAGUGAUUUGACUUACUCAUCUAUGCCGAUGGCCGACUUUUACAACACCAAGCCACAGCAAAAUGAGGGAGUUAUGGAGUACUGGAUUAGACUGAACAAUGCCAUUGACAUUGCUGAUGAGUGCUUACGGAGACAGGGCCGAAGUAUUGAAGAUCCAGGACGUGAAGUGGCUAUGAUGUUCAUUAAAUACUGUCCAGACCCUAUCCUCUACAACAGACUCAGUUUCAAGGCAGCUGAAGAGUGGACCACAAGUGAGGUCCAGGAUCGUAUUGACAGCUUCCAGCGUGAGCUCAGGUCCCGCACUCAAGCCUCGCAGAGACGAGGUAUCUGUCACACUCAGACAGCUGCAGUGCCUGGAUUGGAGCAGUCAGAACCAAAGCAUGUCAGUUCAAUGUUACAACUCCCCCCUGCACCAUGCACUUCCCAGCAACCUGCAUUCACAACAUUUGGAACAGUGCCAGCCCCGAUGACACCUUCAGUCAUUACGUCGCAGCUUUCACCCACAGCAGCCCAAUUUAUCCCAGGUACGCCUACGGUUCUUGCUCCUUCUCCUCCCCAGAUGCCUACAUCUCUUCAGCACGUGUCCACUUCUGAGUCUGCACCAGUAGCACCAUCUCGCCCAGCUACUGGUCCUAUUUGUGAACCAGUUCGUGGCCAGCUGGCUCCGGUCCCCAAUCAGAAUUUUGAUGUGAAUGGCAUGCAUACUCUUAUCAGCCUUUUGGAUCGGAUUAUGGCUCACCAGAAUAUUCAGGUUACAGCUCCUGCGCCUCUGCCAUCACGACGGCCAGCCUCAGGCCCACUUCGAGGGCGGAACUGUCGUGUCUGUGGUGACACCAGUCAUUCAACACUUAUGCACUGCAGAAGGGAGAAUCUGUGUCUGUCCUGCUUCGCUCCUGGACAUUGGAAAAAAGACUGCACUAAACAGGGCCAGACUCCGAGGGGUGAAACUGCAGGCAGCCGCAGCCAACACUCGGAAAACUAGUACACCCACACUUGGAGAGGGGCGGUGUGGGAGGUGGACUUACAACCCUCUGCAGAGAUGAGUCAGACCUCGAGCUCCUUUAUGUCAACACAUGUUCAGUCAUGCCGGAGGGCUACAAGGUGGUGGUACAGGGACAGACAGAGGUGCCAGUUUUCAGUGAAUUAUUCUACACGCAGGUUUCAGUGAAUGACAGGGUCACGUUAAAGGGCAUGAUAGAUUCCGGGUCUAUGGCUUGCACUCUCAGUGAAGAGGCUGAGUGUCGGCUUAGAGAUGCUGGAGCCCUUGUAGGGGAACCACAGUCAGCAGACACAAUAGUACUGGUUGGGUGUGGGGGAAAGCAGUCCCACCCCAAAUGUAUUUAUGACCUGACAAUAACGGUCUAUGGAGUAAAAUGCAUUGUACCAGUUUUGGUGGUUUUAGGCCAGCGUGAUGAGCUCAUCAUUGGUUCCAAUGUUGUCAAGCACCUUAUGAGCUCUAUGAGAGAAAAUGAUGACUACUGGAAGCUUCUGUCUACAGGCUGCAAGCAUCCACCUCCAGACUAUGAGCAUUUUUUGGAUAUGAUGUC